ACGGUUCUCUGUGUGUGUGUGUUUUCAUGUCCACCGUUGGCAAGCAAGUAAUCCCGACGACAACCAUGCGAAGGUGUCCUGCCGUAGUUGGAACACUCUGUCUGGUGGUUGGACUCUGUGGUUUGAGUUCGGUUACUGGCCAGUCGGCGAUCGUUGGACGGCUUACGGAUGAUGUGGAGUUUAUCGAUCCAACUGUUGGGCUGGGACCGGGCGGUACCGCCAGUGGCAUCCCGCUAGGACCUGGCGGUUUCCGUGGCUUCGAAAUCCUUCCCAGACCGGAACCUUCGUGGAAGGUGGGCGCAACACUGGUAGCGGACAAUCCGGAGCAGCAGAUCAUGGGAACGAUUUCCUUCCGCCAGUGGGCACCGGGUCACGUGCAGACGGCCAUCAAUGUUACGGGGCUGCCGGUGGGGAAGCACGCCGUCCAUGUGCACGCGUUCGGCGAUAUGCGCGAGGGAUGCAAAUCGACCGGACCGCACUUUCGCAGCAGCAUUAUCGGCAACAUCGAGGUAAAGGAGGACGGCAACGCGAUGAUCGACUUCCACAGCCCGUACAUCAAUCUGUUCGGGUUUGCGGGCAUCGUCGGGCGCUCGAUCGUGAUACACGAGAAACCGUCCGAGGUCUACCGGUUUCCGGACCUGUCCAUUAACAACCCGAUCUCCUUCCAGGGCGAGGAGGACACGGUCGGUGCGCGGAUUGCCUGCGGGCUCAUCACGAUUCUCGAUAAUGUUGCUCCCUAGGAGGAGUUCACCUAUCCACAAUAAAACCAACCGACAAUGAUGAUUGUGAUAACAUGUAAAA